UCCCGCCCCCUCCUCGGCUGUCCUCGCCGUGCACGCGCGUGGUCCCCCGGUCGCGAAGAGGAGGAGGAUGUGGCGCGCGGAGGGGAAAUGGCUGCCGAAAACAAGCCGGAAGGACUGAAGAAAAUACGUAAUCCGGAUCGAAUGUACAGAUCUGCUGUCUGUUAUGCCGGCCAUGUCCCCCCUAAGGGUGUCGGUGAUGACAAAGAGAUGAACAAUGAACACGGACAUUUGAAAAUAUACCUGCCCAAGAAGCUGCUGGAAUGUCUGCCGAAAUGUUCCUCGCUGCCAAAGGAGCGCCACCGGUGGAACACCAAUGAGGAAAUCGCAGCUUACUUAAUAACAUUCGAAAAGCAUGAGGAGUGGUUAACAACUUCCCCUAAAACAAGGCCACAGAAUGGGUCGAUGAUACUGUACAACAGAAAGAAGGUAAAGUACAGGAAAGAUGGGUACUGCUGGAAGAAGAGGAAGGAUGGAAAGACCACGCGGGAGGAUCACAUGAAGCUGAAAGUGCAGGGUGUGGAGAACCCUGACAUUGUGCUGGUCCACUACCUGAACGUGCCGGCCAUAGAGGACUGCGGCAAGCCCUGUGGCCCCAUACUAUGCUCAAUCAACACAGACAAGAAGGAAUGGGCCAAGUGGACCAAGGAGGAGCUGAUUGGCCAGCUCAAGCCCAUGUUUCAUGGCAUCAAGUGGACUUGCAGCAACGGGAACAGCAGCUCCGGCUUCUCUGUGGAGCAGCUGGUGCAGCAGAUACUGGACAGCCACCAGACCAAGCCGCCCCCUCGGACACACAACUGUCUCUGCACGGGCACUCUGGGCGCAGGCAGCAGUGUGCAUCACAAGUGCAACAGCGCCAAGCACCGCAUCAUCUCGCCCAAGGUGGACCCGCGCUCAGGCGGCUAUGGAGGGGCGCACUCCGAGGUGCAGAACAAUGACGUCUCUGAGGGCAAAACGGAGCACAGCCACGGCAGCGGCAAGGGGGCAGGGGGCGGAGCCAGCGGCGGGGGCGGAGCCCGUGAGAAACGCAAUGGCAAGGUGCCCAAACCAGCACUGCUGCACCAGAGCAGCACGGAGGUGUCCUCUACCAACCAGGUGGAGGUUCCCGACACCACGCAGAACUCACCCGUCUCCAUCAGCAGCGGCCUCAACAGCGACCCUGACAUGGCUGACAGCCCCGUGGUGGCAGGCAUCGGCCAUGUGGCCUCCGUGAUGGGCGGCCUCUCACAGGGUGCUGCCGUAUUCAUGUCCGAGGUGACCGGCGACCCCGUCUACAGCAUGUCCCCCACUGGCGGGCCCAGCUCCCACCUCAUGGGCCCCGACGCCACCUCCCAAGGCCUGGUGUUAGCCGUCGCCUCAGAUGGCCACAAGUUUGCGUUCUCUGGCGGGGCGGGCGGCGACACGGGUGCAGCCGGAGCCACAGACGGGCUGGCCAUGCUGUCCGCUGCCGGUGUGUCCGAAGAGCUGGUCCUCUCCAGCAGCCUGGACUCUGGGGCCAUCAAACUGCCAGAGACCGCCAUGAAUUUCGACCCCGACUGCUUCCUCAACAACCCCAAGCAGGGCCAGACCUAUGGUGGCAGCGGCCUGAAGGCAGACCCCAGCUCCUCCGGCGCCUCAUCCUCCUCGGGCAGCGGCAGUAGCAGCAACGGCGGCCUGCAGCGCUCUCCCCCGCUGUCCGAUUCCAGCUACGUAUUCAGCUCCUCACUGGUGAAGAACAUCAAGACAGAGGACACCUCCUUCGAACAGCAGUUGGCCAAGGAAAGUGGCUACCAAGUGGGCCCGGCCGUGACCGGCGGAAAUGGUGUGCCGGGCUCUGCAGGCACCUGCUCGGCCCAGGGCUCCCUGACCCUGACUCCUGCAGGCUCUCUGCUGCCCUCUGGUGGUGGGCUAAGUCCCAGCACCACUCUGGAGCAGAUGGACUUCAGUGCCAUUGAUGCAAAGCAGGAGUACCCACCUGGCACAGCAUCAGGGGGCUAUGGCCAGUCUAUUUCCAGCCCACAUCUUGCCCACCAGAGCCGUUCGCCCAGCUUUUUCCUCCAGGAGGCGCCCAAGACCAGCCCAUCCCAGCAGGGCCGACAGGGCUCCGGACAGAAGUCGCACCUACUGGAGCACAACUCCCACGACUCAGGUGCUUAUCUGGGCCUGCAGGUGGUCCGGACCGACUCCCCCAGCAGCAACGGGCACCUCCACCAUCACCAUACCCACCAGAGCCAGCACAGGGCCCCCAGCUGCAAUGGUGGGUCCCCAGCCGAAGCAGCUGGCCAGGCGAGCUCUCUCCAGCUCCUGCAGUACCAGGGCGCUUUCCCCGGCCUAGGCCCGGAGCACGAGGAGGUAGUGGGCUUGGAUCAGGCAGGCAAUGCUGGAGUCGUGGGCCAGACGGGGGCCACAGAGAAUGGAGCAGAGGGCCUACUGAAAUCCGGGAAUCACCUUCAGGCCUGCAGGGGCGGCGGCGGAGAAGAAGGGGGCGCCGAUCACUACUUACAGCAGGGAGCAGACGGGGCUGGAGGUGGAGGCGGGGAUGGAGGGGGACUGAGCAACGGGACCUCUGGCGGCUCCGGGGCUUCCCAGCAACAGCUGCAGCCCCUCAUGCAGGGUGCAGGACUGGUACAGGGGCUCUACAGUGCCCACCAGGCCUUGGGUGGAGCUGGGGCGGGAGCAGGCAGUGGUGGGGGCCUGGAGAUCAGCCUGGACCACUUUGACAUCUCCUUCGGCAAUCAGUUUUCUGACCUCAUUAGCGAUUUCAUCGCCGUGGAUGGAGCAGGGACAGCAGUGGGACCUGGUGGGGCCCUGUAUGCCCACCAGCUGGUAGCCCCACCCAGCGGUGCUGACGGCCAGGCCAGCUCCACCGGGGCGCCACCCCAAGGUCAGGAGGACACGGGGGCGAGAGGGACCGGCUACAACCCUGCUGAGCUCUGCCUGCAGACCUGCUGCAGUCCCCAAGCCGGGGGGGUGUCCGGGGAGGCGGGCUCCCUGGCCUUCAUGCACGUGGCUGAGGUCGUGUCUGCCGCUGUGGCCCAGGGGGCGCUGGGGAUGCUGCAGGCCACUGGAAGGCUCUUCAUGGUCACUGACUACUCCCCCGAGUGGUCCUACCCAGAGGGUGGCGUGAAGGUGCUGAUCACAGGUCCUUGGCAGGAGGCUAACAGCAGCUACAGCUGUCUGUUCGAUCAGAUCUCCGUCCCCGCCUCCCUGAUCCAGCCCGGCGUGCUGCGCUGUUACUGCCCUGCUCAUGACACAGGGCUGGUGACGCUGCAGGUGGCUGUCAGUAACCAGAUCAUCUCCAAUUCCGUGGUGUUUGAGUACAAGGCCCGCGCCCUGCCCUCGCUGCCCUCCUCCCAGCAUGACUGGCUCUCCCUGGAUGACAACCAGUUCAGGAUGUCCAUUCUGGAGCGGCUGGAGCAGAUGGAGCGGAGGAUGGCCGAGAUGGCCGGCCACCACCAGCAGGGCGGCGGCGGAGCCUCCGGGCCUGGCGGAGGAGCAGGUGACAGCGGAGGCGGUAAUGGAAGCAGCGGAGGCAGCAGCAGCAGCCAGUCGCAGGCUCAGGGCCCCGCCGGCAGCUCCUUCGAGAGCCGGGUGGUAGUGGUGUGCGAGAAGAUGAUGAACCGGACCUGCUGGGCGAAGUCCAAGCACCUGAUCCACUCCAAGACGUUCCGCGGCAUGACGCUGCUGCACCUGGCAGCCGGUCAGGGCUACGCCACCCUCAUUCAGACUCUCAUCAAGUGGAGGACCAAGCAUGCAGACAGCAUUGACCUGGAGCUGGAGGUGGACCCUCUCAAUGUGGAUCACUUCUCCUGCACCCCUCUGAUGUGGGCGUGUGCACUGGGCCACCUAGACGCAGCAGUGGUGCUGUACAAGUGGGACCGAAGGGCACUUGCCAUCCCGGACUCGCUGGGCCGCCUGCCCUUGGCCAUCGCUCGAUCCCGCGGCCAUACCAAGUUGGCUGACCGCCUGGAGCAGCUGCAGAGGGAGGAGCAGCCUCCACCCACGUCCCCACCCUCCACCCCUCGCGUCUCCUUCUCUCCCAACCCGGACCCUUCUGCCCCUGACGGGUGGAUGGUUGCCUGGAACAGUGAACCAGGAGUGGCGCCGGUGGGGCAUAAAGGCGGAGUCUCCGCAGCUCAGGCCACACCCCUCAACCCAGACUUGAGAAGACCCAGGUCUGAGUCAUCCAGCUACCACGGCGGCGAGUGUCAGCGGGACAUUCCCCUCGCCAAGAAACACAAGCCCAACCCCGAGCCCUCCCAGGCUCGCUCCGACAAGGGCCAGCCCACGGCUCUGGGCCUGGAGCAGCAGCGGCUCCAUAAGCUGCCCGGCAGCUUGAAGACCACGCUCCCUCAGAGCCUGGGCCCAGAUGGCGGUUUGGAGGGCAGCGGAGGGGCAUCCCAGGCCAAGCAAGGGGCCUUCCAGGGCCUGGGCAACAGGUGGAGCUCCAGGGAGGUGUACCUCGGCGUGGCACCGGGGAGGAAGGGUGGAGGAGGUGGAGGAGGCCCGGGAAAGGACAAGCUGGCCAGCAGGCUGCGUCAGCGGGAGGCCGCCAGCGCCCUGGUGAUGUCAGAGCGGGAGAUGGCUGAGCCAGAGCUGCUCUCCUACCGAGAUGACUUGGAGAACCAGAGCUGCAUGACGCACAUGGAUGACCUACAGGUGAACAUGAUGACCCUGGCGGAACACAUCAUCGAGGCCACACCUGAACGCAUCAAGCGGGAGAAUUUUGUCGCCAUGGAGACUGUGCCCAUGGAUAGUACGGGCAUCAGCACCACCAUGAGCUGGCUGGCCAGUUACCUGGGCGACAUGGAGCACCUGUCCAGUAUCAUACACCUGCGGUCCUUGUACAGUGAGCCCCUGACUCCCUCUUCCAACCCCAGCCUCAGCCCUGGCAGCUCCCCCCUCGGGGAGGGGCCCUUCGACAGCCCCAGUCUGCUCUCCCCGGCUGACUGGGGUGACUUCCUGGGCGCCUCCAAUAGCAAGGCAGAGCGGGACCUGGCGCAGCUGACCCUGUCCGACCCCGAGCAGCGGGAGCUGUACGAAGCCGCCCGUCUGGUGCAGACCGCCUUCCGCAAGUACAAGGGACGCCCACUACGGGAACAGCAGGAAGUAGCCGCUGCAGUGAUUCAGCGCUGCUACAAGAAGUACAAGCAGCUAACAUGGAUAGCCUUGAAGUAUGCACUUUAUAAGAAGAUGACGCAGGCCGCCAUCCUUAUCCAGAGUAAGUUCCGCAGCUACCACGAGCAGAAGAAGUUCCAGCAGAGUCGGCGAGCUGCCCUGCUGAUCCAGCAGUGUUACCGCAGCUACAGGGAGUUUGGUCGGCUGAAGCCUCGUCGUCAUGGCACCACCACCACCACCAUGGUGCAGCACAAACUCAGAAGCAGUCUGUUAACCAAGAAGCAGGACCAGGCUGCCCGCAAGAUCAUGAGGUUUCUCCGCCGUUGCCGCCACAGCCCCUUGAUGGACCAUAGGCUGUUCAAGCGGAGCGAAAGAAUUGAGAAAGGCCAGGGAACAUGAAAGUGUCCAGAGGAGUCCCUUGAAGAUGUGACAUCACUCUCCAGACUUUUUUUCUGUUUGUACCAAACAUUUUACAAGUGGACAAUUCAAUUCAAAAAUACAGUGAAAGCACUGCAAUUAUUACUACUACAGCAGGCGUCCUACAGUGGAUUCUACUCCUGCUACUACACACGCUACAGCCGUCUCUUUCUUUUUUGUAUUCAGUUUUUCCGUUUGUCUUUCUGUAAGGGGGAAGCUGCGAGUCCUGAAGGAUUAAAAACUACGGGGGAAAACGGAGGGAGGACAUUCGCUUUGUGGCAUUUUUUGCACUUUUUCAUGGAUUGAUUUUUUCAUUUUGGCAUGAGGGUGGGGGGAACGGAACAAAAACAACGGGACAAGACUGUCAUCUUUGUCCUCCAGCGGAUAACGAACGGGAAUUCAAAAUGCAAAAGCGUCAUACACAUGUGGGGACCUUCUUUUAAAUAUCUCAUUAUUUAUUUUUUUAAAAAAGAGACUAACGCAUUUGGAGACAAAAAAAAAACACACGAACCAAAAAUUGUUGAUAACACGUUGACCCUUUUGCACGCAAACUCCUAUUCACAGCCUGAUAAAUCCAUUAUGGUCAGAAAUGCUUUUUUUCCUCCGUUAUUUAUUUUGCUCUGUCUGCCUUGUCAACCAAUCAAAUGUGACGGAGCCACACAUGAAUGUAAGAAAGGUGUGGCCAGAAAAUUUGAGUUAAAGCAUAUCCUUUAUUUUGUUGUCUUAGUUGAGGGCUAAUGUAUGUUAGUGGUGGAAUCAAAUCCAAGGAACAAGUUUGAUAUACUUACAGUCUUUUAUUUUUUUCUGGCUGGGAUUCGUUUUUGCUUUCGAUUUUGUGUUUUGUUCAGUUUGCUUGUCUCCUGCAAGUCCUGUGGCUGUUUUAUUUAAAAAAUGAAACGAAAUGCAUGCGUCCUGGCACAAAAAUGCCUACUUAGAUAAUUCCCUGGCUUCAUGCUUGAAUUCUGAACAAAAAAAGUACCAUUUUAUUUAUAUAUGUUAUUUAUUUAUGUAUUUAUUUUUCCUCCACUCAAUGUAGUGAUGAUGUCGCGGUGUACCCAGCACUUCCCCCAACCCCAAAUCAUUUCCUCUGUUUAAUGUAAACAUGUCACCCACUGCUUCAUUCACUUUCAGUUCUUUUUUAGAUUAUUUAUCAUUCCCUUUGUCCGCAUUACAUUUUGACUCAGUUACAGUCGUGAAGGUUAUUGUGUUGUCCUGUUUUAAACGAACUUCGGAAGCCGUAAAAGGCUUUUGAGGCGAAGAUCACAUACAUUGCCUUGACUUCUUAGGGAUCCUUUGAAGUCCCUUUACUGGGGGUAGAAAAAUCCGUAUUUUUGACUAUUGAGCAGUUUCUGUAUAUAAUGAAGGUCGAAGGUACAUGGAGAAAAAAAAUGUUUAUCCGAAGGGGAUUGUAUUUAAAAAAAUAUAUAUUAUUUUAUUCAUAAAAGGUGACAAUAACAUGGUAAGAGAGAAAAACAUAAUAUUUGUAUAGUUCUGUUUGAAUGCUCAAGAAGUAUGGUUGUAUGGUUGUAUUGUUUGUAUAUAGUGUACAUACCUGGGGAUAAAACGAGCUACGUGCAUGAACAUUUAAGACAUGAACAGACAAACAAAAAAAAAAGAUUAAAAGCAUUAGUGGCUAUGGUCUGUAAAAUGAUUCAAACUAUUUCACUAUAAGAGUAUUUUAUUUUAUUUGAAAUGUUCUUAAAAAGAACAUUUUGCUAAAGCAUGACCUUACUGCAAAAGUUUAAAAAAAAGUAUUUAGAGUUAGGGAAAAGGCAAAAUUAACUUAAGACAAAAAAAAGAGGUUAUGUUAUUUUUCCUUCUUUCCUUUUUUGUUCUGGGCUACCAAGAAUUUUAUCUUUUUUGCCAAUGGUGCCAAGUAAUGUGAAUGCUAUAUUGCUUAACAAGAGAAUUAAGUUAUAAUCUUUGCAGAGCAGAUAAUCAUAUGACAAAAUAGCUUAGCAUUAAAUACCAUACAAUUCACUUGACCAGUGAGUACAGACGGAUCUACACACAGUGGGAAAGGAGAGAAAAAUAAUCUCAUCGAUAACAGUUUUUUCUAUCUUGUGUUGCUCAUUUCGUGUCACUGGUGUCUAGAAACUGGUUAGAUUUUUCAUCAUACAGCACGUGGAUUUUCAAACCGUUUUCAGAGUACACAACAAGGCAUACAUUUAAAAAGAUAAAUCAAAACAAGACUGUAUGUCUUGAAAACAGCGUUGUCUGUUGUCAUACGGGCAAAAAAAAAUGUAAAUGAGGAGGAGUUGUAUCUGCUUGUGUUUCUGGGCGGCAGGAAUUGUAAAUAGCGGGUGAGGUCCGUGAAAACUCCAGCACUUCUCACUAGUAGCGUUAAAUUUAGGCACAGGCGGGCAACAGCGUUACGCUUUACUGUGCAGCCAGAAUGACAGAAGAUGCACACCGUGCCAUGCAUUUAUCAGUAUUAUAGGAGGCGAUGGGUUGUUCUUGCAGAAUUUUCCCUGGGAAGGGGAAGACUAGUGAUCUUUGCUGGCUGGAGCUUUCAUCUGACUGAGGCUGCUACCGAUCUGUGGGUCCCAAACCUCGUGGAAAACAAAAGCAACCCGAGCGACAUGCGUGCUAUCUAACGGGACUCCUGUAUUGUACUGUACGAAAGAGGGACGUCUCAAUACUCCGCGGUGCUACACGAGGACGUCCAGGGCAGAGAUCGGUGUGCUUGACGUUUGCAGAAAGGUCGAAUUCGAAUUGGCUUCUGGUUGGACAGUCCAUUUGACAAACUGUGAUUAACUGACUACAUAAAUCGAGAAGCACUGUCGCGAAGCGUUGCCCACGUUUUUGGGGAGGAAUGUUAAUCUGCUGAAUUUGUGAAAAAGAGCGAACAGUGAGCAGACUUCAGGCAGUGUCGGUAAUGCCAUUUAAACCAGUUUUAUCAGUUGACAAUGCAUGGCAAAAACUUUCCAGUUUGUUGCUGUUGUUUUCGACUCUGCUUCCAGAUAUGUCUGUGCACUGUUGUUCUUAUGUUGUGAUUAUGUGCAUAACUAUAAUGUUUUCUUUUUUUUUUGUUUUUCGUUUGUUUGUUUGUUUGUUUGUCUGUUUCAGUGGCACAGACUUGUAAACCAGAUGUAAACCGGAGUUUUCUCUAGAGUGUUAACAUAGAAAGUGCCUAUCCACAUCCUGUCAGCGGCAGACAAAAUUUCAGAAAGCAUGCAAAGUGGUAAAAUAAGGACAACCUGGCCUAUUUUUUAAAACGAGUUGUUGUAGUUUGAAAAUUAAGACGUUUGACAAUUGUCAUAUUAUUAUAGCAAGACGGGGAAAAUGACAAUUCUAAAUUCUUUUCCACAGGCCUUUUUAAAGGUUUUGGUUGUGUCUCUCGGCUUUCCAGCGUUGGUUUCAUUUUCCCCUUUUGUAAGCCCGCAUUAUGAACUUUUCCGGGGUGCCGUCAGAUUGUCACAUUCUGGAGACCUAAUUUUCCUGUUGAAAUUGCCUGCUAAUUCAACUGAUAUUUGCCUUGCAUUCAUCAAUCCGGUAGGGGUAUAGGAUGUGAACUAUUGCACCGCUGUGGUAAAUUGAGAACGUCUUAUUACACUUGCAUGGGUUACAUAGAUAACUUGGUGACUGUACAUCACCUGAAGCAUGCUAUUUUUUCUAAUACUGGUAGUCAGGUAGACUUGUAUAAAGACUUACUGUUCUGUUUAACAGUGAAUGUUGGUUUAACGUGUCGCAGAACUUGAGAAAGACACAGGGCUUUUCAAUGCAAGGCAAAAAAAAAACGUUAUCAAAAAGAACAAAUAAGAUGUUAUAGUCAGUAUUCUUUGACCACGUUUCCUGGAGCAACGAAAAUUUUGUACGAACGCGGUUUAUUUAAAAGUUAUUUGAUAUAUAGGCUAUUUAUCUUUUUUUAUUAUUAAUUUGGUCAGGAUAGUGUUCUUCCAACUUCCAUAACACAUACAGAUGUUACCUCGGGAUCAUGACUAAGUACUUUUGCCACCUACCAAACACAAACUCUCACGCGUACUGUACACAUAUUUGGAUGUGAGGAUGUUUCAGCUUCACUAUAUGCAUAUAUGACAUAGAGCAACUCCAUGUACGGUUCUAAUAGCUUAGAGAUGCGUUUGCCUCCCUUUUGUAUUUUUGACUCAGGGUGCCAAAGCGGGGAGGGGGAAGUGAAGCAGGACACCUGGGGCUCAAUCCUGGGAAGUUUGGGGGGCAUCUACAAAUACACGCAGAAGAGAGGACUGCACCUCUCUAGCACAGGGUUUCCCCAGCGGCAAAGUAAACACGGGUGUCCAUCGCAGAUUACGGUUAUACUGAACCCAUCGUAUGUCGUUUAUUUUGUUUCAGAGAGCGAAGUCGACUGGGCUGUUUUUUUCCCACCAGUUUACGGUUGUCCCUAGAGAGAUCGCAGGGAAAAGGGGAAAGGUCUUAAUGUCAGCUUUAUCAUGUACUGUUACGCUCUUCUUAAUGGAUUGUUCAGUCAGUUGUUUUCUAAGUCUCGGUCUCUGCUAUUCGUUGGUAUAUGUUGAUGUUUAGGUAUUUAAAUUUCAAACGAAGCUGUCUUACGUUAACAGUAUUCUGUUUUUAUGAUUGAGGUCCAAUUAGCACUGGUAAGGUGGUAGUGGCCUUAAAAUUAUUGGGGGGCAGCAAAUUCCUUAGAUACCCACUCAACUUAUGAAGGAAAACAAAAAGUUUAAAAAGAAAACGUCCAAACUUCCCAAAUAAGCAGCGUCAGCUAAAAUUGUGGCAAAAGCGUUGCUCGAUUUCCCCAAUCUAUGGAACAUCAGCUGCAAUAUCGAUAUACGUUAAAACUUUCAUGUACCCUCCGCGUACCAACUAAAAUAUAAAAGGCAGGUUGAAAAAGGUUAAAACUGCACUGUGUAGUAUAAGCUAUGCACGUGCAGCUAACAGAUCCGUGUCUUGUUUUUUUUUUCGUUUCGUUUUUUUUUUUGGUGGCCGUUAAAUUCACCCUGAGGCGUGGAAAAUCACACUGCUGUUAGCUCAAGGAGAAAACUGACCACUGGAAAAAAAAAACAAUGACUAUUCAUGUAUUGUGCUGUUUUGUUUUUAGACAUAACCUAACUCAGGGUCUAGUGAUGCUUAAUAGGUAAGAGUCUUCACUCAAAUGUUACUCUGACAAUGCUUGUCUGGUGUCAUCUCCUUGCCUGACCCUUUUUCUAAGGUGACCCACACAGGUUGCUGUUAUCCACCGUUAUAAUGUCAAAAGAGCGUCCAGAGUCCAAUGUAAAUAUUUAGUUCUAAUACUACUAACCACCGUCCUUUAUGAAAGAACAUUCUUAAUGGUAUCAGGCACCUUUCGCAACAGUUCAGGGUGAGUUGCCACUGAACACCAAUAUUUUUAUCAAUGACACAAACAUUGCAUUUUUUUAAAUGUAGUGUUUAUUGGAAAUAAGUACCUGUUGUAGCCUAUAGGUUCAUAGAGUUUAAUUGAAGUAUACAUUUUAAAUAUACAUAUAAUUUAAGACAUAAAAAUACGGUACAAUAUAUUGAUGAUUUUCUGGUUAAAUAAUCUUUAUCAUUAUGUUCCCUUUAUAGAGUUUCAUUACAAAUAUAUAUUACGGAACCCGUUUAGUGUUUAAAUGUGCAGUCUGCAGACUUGUAGCUGCGCGUUUAUGAAGCACCAUGAGCUUAAACCACGAAAAGCUUGAGAGAUUCCUUGUUGACAAUAUCCUUGUGAGGCAUCUUGCUGUUCAGAAUGGCAGCUUGUGAAAAUAUCCACUGUAAGCUAAACUGAAUAUAGAAUAUAUUUUAAUAUGUCAAAAUAUACUUUAGUGUAAUAAAAGUAUGUAUAACAAAUAUUGUAUAGCAAAAUGUCAAAUGUAAUAUCUAGAUAUUCCAAAAUAAUAUUUUACAAUAUAUUGUAUGAUAUAUACAUUGAGCUGUAUGCGAGAGGCAAUAAUGUAUAUAUUCUCAAACAGGGGCACCAUAAAGGGGGGGAAGUUAGGAUGAUUCCAAGGGCCCCUGACUGACAGGGGCCCUAAAAAAUGCUCAACAUAAUUAGAUUGGUCUGGAUUGAGGGCCCAAAUUGAUAUGCUUUCAUGGGGCCCAAAAUCUCUGUCAGCACCCCUGUUCUCAAAUAUGACCAAUAUAUAUUUUGACAUAUUGGAAAUAUAUUUUGAAUAAUAAUUUUUUUUUUUUGCAAAAAUAAAUUUAUUCAUUUUAGUUGACAAAUCCGCUGCAUAAUUGUAUUAUGAUUUAUCAGUAUUGAUUUAAAAAAAAUGUAUACAAGCCUUGUUAUUUAGCACAAGCUGUUAAAUAGUACGCCUCAAUUAGUUGAAGUUCCUUAUGUUUGUAAAGUAAGCAGCACGGAUGGAUAUUGAGAUUCAGCCCUAAUUGAUUUAGCGGAAUCAGUAGGGCCAGGCGUGUUCCGCCUCCGUGUGUCGUUUUGGAGCGUGUCCAUCGGCGCCUCACCUCCGCCUUUACGAUCAUUCUCUCUGCCCGUCGAGCAGUGACAUUUCCUCCUCUUCCUCUCACGCACCUGAACACGAAAAAAUAGGCAGGCGUAUAGCGGGACAACCGGGUAGAAAUACACCGUGUUUCAGCUUUCCACUUGUGAACACAGAGCAAUAAACACUUCUUUCUCUUUUUCUUUUUAUGCGAGGAUUUAUAGAUCUAACGAUGACAAAAACAAUUGGACACACAUCGUCGACCUACGAUUAUGCAAUUGCUAGUAUUGCGAGACAGGCGUUCCGUAGCUAAUGUGCCGCGAUAAUAUGACACCCUUGACCUAACUGCACGUUUUCAUCAUUAAAAUAAAAAAAGGAAAACAAAAAAAGCUAGCCCUGCUUUUUUAUCAAGGCAGUGGGCUCCAACACUUUGCAUGUAAAUCUAGUGUUAGUUCUCUCUUCUUCAGCGCUCUCUCCCUCUCUCCCUCUGUCUCUUUCCCUCUCUGUCUUCCCCUCCCUCCUUUUCUCACCCCUAUAGGUUCUAUAGUUCUUGUUUUCUGUUCUCCUAAUCUCUUUUGCUCUCUCUUUUUCUACCCCUUUUUAAUUUUUAUUUUUGUAAUAGUGCAUGUAAAAGCGUCACUGAAUCGAUGGAUAUGUUAAAAAAAAAAAUACAAUUCAGCUGCUGAAGCCAUGCAAAAUAUUUUGAAUUGCCCUUAAAAAUAUGGAAGAUGUUUUCUGAAUGCUUUAUAUUCUUUCUGCUGUAAAAUAAUAAAAAGGAAAAAAAUUAUGAAAAA